AUGGUGACACGCCCAAGCUCAGCGCCCCAGCGCCCACGAACAGCUUCCCGACAGCGUGCAAUUUUCAGCGAAGUUCUUCUGGUGGAGGUAAAGCCAGGCACACAGAAACUGGCCGGGCCUUCGCAAGGACGAGACAUUCGCAGUACCAGGGAGUCCCGCCCUUUAAGUGCGAAUGGCUUCGCCGCGAGAACGCGACAUGUGCCCGCCCUGAUGCUUUCCAACGCAUCAAAAUAUGCCAUCAUCGAGCCAAAGGUGAUGGAGUCUCAUCGAAGUGUUGCCGGCAGAUGUCCACGCCGGCUUCGCAUUGAACGAUUAAAAAAGAAGUACGAAUCACAAGAUAUUCAGAGGCUUCUGACAGAAAGAGGUGUCGAUGUUACGCUGCCUUGGUAUGAGGAUAAGAGUCCUUUACCAAUCGAGGCGUUUGACAACAAAGAUCUCGAUUUGCGGACGCCACUUGAGUGGCUUGCCCUGGGAACCAAUCCUGACACUGGGCGCUAUGAGAAGCCCUUGCCAGUCUUGGCCUUGUGGAGGGAUCCUGAGAAUGGCGUUGGCCAUUGGCGGCGAGCCGUAGUGAUGCAAUAUGAUUCGAGAGUUGAGAAGUUUGAAAUUCAGUACGAGGACUGGGACGCCGAGCCGACAGACGCUGGUGGAAGACGGGGUAUGAUGGAGUUUUUGCCCCGACUUCGAGUCAUGUUCCGUGGGGAAGAUCCAGAGGUCUUCGCCAACAGAGUGGAGGAGGCCUACAAGUCUCGUGCUGCAGCAGAUUGCUUGCUCAGAUACAACUUUUACAUUGACAACAUGCCCACCGACGAUGUGCAGCAGCUGAAUUGUGACCAGAUGGACUGGCUGCGAAAAGCAGUGUCUGGGCUGAGUGAAGUGACCGUCGACGUGGCACACGAGGGUGUAGCACCCGAGGUGAAGACUGGACGGCCUGGCUCCACCGUUGAUACAGCGGACUUAGAACUCAUUUUGCAGGAAGUUCAGCUUGACUUUGCGCGUGCCAUGCGACUUGGAAUGGUUGUUGCGGGCACUUUUGCAAGCAUCAUGCACAAGCAGAGUUUGCAACCUAGCCCACGGCAGCCACUCUGGCCCAGGAAUCGAGUCACCUUUGAUACUCAUAUUCUUCAGGGGAGCGCCGAUCCCUGGUAUACUCUCCUGUUGCCCUAUGUGGAGAAGGGCUUUGUGGCGCAGGCCGUCCAGGGCAAGCCUCCGGCACCUUGGAAGGGUCGAAUCAGUAUCCCACGCCAUCGCUUCGCAGAAACCUUUGCCAAGCUGUGUUUUACCCUGCGGGUGCGGCCGGAAGUGGUUUUCGCCCUGCAGGGGAUCAAGGCGCAAAGUGAGCAAGGCUUGAACGAGAACAUUUUUGGCAUUGAUGAGUCCCGCCCUCUACGUCUGGACGAGUUCCGGCAGAACUUGCGCUCCUCAUGUGCAGAGGCAGCCUUGGCCCUCAAAGAGGAAUACCCGGCCGCGCUGCAGAGCAUCGUGCUGCGUGAGUUCGACAACGUGGAGAAAGGUUGGUUCAACGUGCGCGAGAAGAACGUGGACUUGUAUCGACAUGGGAAGUUGAGACGGUUCCUCCUUUUAGCCCGGCUCAUUAUGCAGGAUUUCCUGCGAAACUUGGCCAAGCACUCGGUUUCAAGGUAUGUGACGACCAUCGAACGUCUGGCUCCACUAGAGAUCAUUGCUGAUUCAUUUGCCAGUGUGAGAUCAACUUUUCGGACUUCUUUGCAGACCCCACUGCUUGCAGUUGAAAUGAGACCCGUUGAAAGCCACGAUGGCGUACGCUUGGAUUUUCUGACGGAUCCGCAACGAUUUGUGCCGACAGCUUUGGAUGCUUACAAUGCUGGGCUACAGAUUUUGAACGAAGUGUAUCCGUUAGAGCGAUUGAUGAUACCACCACGUCUUCAAUCUUCGGAUGGGCCUUCCUUGAUAGAGGCCUUCCAGUCGGAUGAGGACUGGGUCGAAGAUGGCUAUCGACGUAUCCAUGCAGCCAUGGAGGCUGGCUGCGCUGGCCCAGCCAAAUACCUGGCAACGCUGCAGUCUUGGGAGCCGCUCUUGAAUCGGAACCCGAACUCCUUUGUGGAUCAUUUCUUUCGAGAUCGAACGGGUGAGCCAGAGCCGAGCGAUCAAGAGAUCCAGAGUGCCAUCUCUGAGGAGAUGAGAUUGCGGCGGGAGCUGUGGAAGUUGCCGGAGACCAUAGAUGUCGGAAUGUUUGAGGUCACGACCAAGGACUUCCAGCCGUUGCUAGAUGUGCGUAAAGCCUUAGCCGCGAAACAUGAGAUUACGCACCUCUUGCUGAUGGAGCGUCUGGUGAGGCGACUCCGGACACAGAUGGAUGACACCAUCUGUGACGUUCGAAGUUUGCUGUCGAUGAUCACCAAGACACCAAAGACUGUGCUGGAGCUGGUGGAGAUGCGGAAAUCCCUUUCGGCGGAGUUCGUGCGCGAGCUCCUGAGCGAACAAGAUGAAUUGCAGGAGCGUUUGAAGGAGAUCGAAGAUACUUUGAAGCUCUUCCGCACGCAGCCCGCCUACUGGGACAUCUCCUCCUUGUCAAUGGCCCGGGAUGCUGUCGAGAGCCUGUGGGAGAGGAUUGAGCUGGCUCAAGAGGAUGCACAGAAAAUCAACAAGAAGGAGGUUGUGCUCGAGAGGAAGACUACGGACUACUCCCAAAUUCAUCAUUUCUCGAUGACUCUCAACCCAUUCUACCAAGUCUGGGCAAUAGUCUAUGGUUUUCAUGAAGAUGAAGCCAAGUGGCAGUUGGGAGCCAUUGAGGACAAGGAUGCGCUGAGACGAAAGCUCUUGCAGACAUGUCAGGUCUUGGAGAAGACGGUGAAAAGUCUUCAGAUGGGCAACUGGCCUGCUCCGAUAGUGCAGCUGGGUGAACAGCAGCUUCUGAAAAUGGAGGAGUUCCAGAUUCUCCUUCUGAGUGUGGAUCACCCUCACCAUGAACCAGAUGAGUCUGACCAUGACAGAACCGAAUGA